UUCAAAUACAGAAAUGAGAAGAGAGAGAGAGUGACAAUAAAGAAAAGCUGCCUCAAACUGUGCCACUUUUCUCUCCCAAGCAUACCAUACGUGGGAGCGUCCCCAAGCCAAGCUCUAACCCCAAUGCUCUCCAAUGUCAAGUCUCUCUCUAUCUCUCUCCUCUUCCUCUCUUUCAAUAAGCUGCCAAUUCAGCUCACAAAAAUUCAAACUUUGAAUCUCUCCCUCUCUCUCUCUUUCUCUCUCAAUUUGAAAAUGGAUCAUUUUGACUGUGCUUAAUUUCAUUCCUCCGUUCUUGUUCUUGUUCUUGUCUACCUUCAUUUCCCCUUAUUCCAUUUCUAAUCUCUUUAUUCUAUUUGUUAAGAAAUGAGGGAAGAUAACCCAUCUGAGAAUAAAUCAAAACCAUCAAGAUUUUCCGAUCAAAACCAACCCCCAAAAGCCAGUUUUGUCAAAGGAAAUACCAAUUCAACGAAAUUAAGAUCUUCUUGGAGUUCUCAGCUUGUGAAAGGUCUAGCCGGAGACAAGAAAACAAAAACCCAAUCCGCAGUUCAAACCAAGAAACUUCCCCUCACAACCUCCAACAACAACAACAACAACAACAACAACAACCCAGGAAUUCCUCCAAAUGCCCGAACCAAACGAUCACUUAUCAACGAUUUAUCUUGUUCUUACAAUGCUGCACAAGUUCAUCCUCAAGCAGUUCCUAUCCAAAGGACGAAAACAUCUGGAUCCAGAGAUCUAUUGGUUGAGAUUGAUCAGCUUAGAAGCUUGCUUCAAGAAUCUAAAGACAGGGAAUCUAAACUUCAAGCUGAGUUAUUUGAAUGUAAGAGAAACCCAAAACUCUUGGAGCUUGAAAGGGUGAUUGAAUUGAAGAAAAGUGAAAUCGAAAGCCUUGUUCAAAAAGUUGAGUUAUUGGAAACAGAGAAAGAAACCCUCAAUGAACAACUGAUCAUAAGUCUAUCAACUAGUCAUGAUGAUUCAUCCCAAGUUCAUCGCAGUUCGAGUAAUCACGAGAUGGAAGUGGUCGAAUUGAGGCGGCUUAACAAGGAGCUUCAGCUUCAAAAAAGAAAUCUUUCUUGCAGACUUUCAUCAAUAGAAUCCCAGCAAACAGAGAAUGAAGUUGUUGCUAAAAUUAAGGAAGAAGCUUCAGUUUUAAGGUUAACAAAUGAAGAUUUGUCUAAGCAAGUAGAAGGAUUACAGAUAAGUAGGCUAAAUGAGGUUGAAGAACUUGUUUAUCUGAGAUGGGUUAACUCUUGUUUGCGAAAUGAGCUUUCAAAUAAAACAAGUGAAUCGAAUUUUAACGAAAGAGAGAAUGAAUCAUCACCUGCAUCAGUAAAUUUUUCGAGAAAAGAUGAGAUGAGUUUGAUCAAGAAAUUGAAGAAAUGGCCUAUAACCGAUGAAGAUGUUUCGAAUGUGGAUAAUCUUGAUGGAAAUGGGUUGGAUAAAAAGUGGGUGGUUGAUCUUCGUAGUCCAGGACGUAGACAUUCCAUAAGUGGAUCGAAAUUCACCAUUGAUGACAUAAUGCUGAAUAAGAGAAGACAAUCUGAUGGUUUUAUCUGUUCAAAGGAAAUGGAGAAUGAACUAGCUGAUGAUAAUGAUGAUGAUGAUCAUAUUAUUGUUCAAAACCAUCAAUUGUUUGGUUAUGGGCAGGAGAUUGCUAGGCUAACUUCUUCAUUUGAUGUCGAAAAACGGGCAUUAAGAGUUCCAAAUCCCCCGCCUAGGCCUUCUACAAGUUCAGUUUCAAAUGAUCAUAAAGAAGAAGAUUUGGGGAAGAGAAUUCUUCUGCCUUCUUCUAAUGUGGUUUUGAUCGAGCAAAAAGUAGAAGAUUCCGGGAAAAGAGUUCUUCCUCCACCUCCUCCACCACCACCACCACCUCCGCCACCAAAAUUCGCGGCUAAAGCCUCCAUUGGCGUGGUUCAAAGGGUCCCCGAGGUAGUUGAAUUCUAUCAUUCCCUCAUGAAAAGGGAUUCGAGAAAAGAUUCAUUGGGUGGAGCUAUUUGUGAUUCCCCUGAUGUAGCCAAUGCCAGGAGUAGCAUGAUUGGUGAAAUUGAGAACCGUUCUUCUCAUUUACUAGCGAUAAAGGCAGAUGUCGAGACACAAGGAGAAUUCGUUAACUUCUUGAUUCGAGAAGUUAACGAGGCUGUCUAUCAAGACAUUGAAGACGUCGUUGCGUUUGUUAAGUGGCUCGACGAUGAACUCGGUUUCCUCGUGGACGAAAGGGCGGUUCUUAAGCAUUUCAAUUGGCCAGAGAAGAAAGCCGACACAAUGAGGGAGGCAGCGUUUUGUUAUAAGGAUCUCAAGAAACUGGAGCAAGAAGUAUCGACUUAUGACGAUAAUCGUCAUUUGACAUGCGAUGUCGGGCUAAAGAAAAUGGUCAAUUUGUCCGAGAAGAUGGAGAGAACCGUUUAUGACCUUCUUCGAAGCAGAGAAUCACUAAUUCGCAAUUGCAAAGAGUUUCAAAUUCCAACUGAUUGGAUACUUGAUAGCGGAAUAGUGAGCAAGAUUAAACUCGGGUCGGUUAAAUUGGCAAAGAAGUACAUGAAACGUGUGACAACGGAGCUUCAAUCGAAGAACACAACCGAGAAAGAUUCUUCUAUGGAUUAUAUGCUAUUGCAAGGAGUUAGAUUCGCCUUUCGAAUUCAUCAGUUUGCAGGAGGAUUCGACGGAGAAACGAUGCGAGCUUUCGAGGAAGUUAGGAAUUUUGGCCUUGUUUUGAACAAGAAAUAGAAUUAGCUUACAAACUCAGUAAGCUCUGUUCAAAGGAAUAUUAUUAUAUUUCAUGGGAAUUGAUUGAAUUGGUGUAAGUUAUGUUGUUCUUCACAUAAUAUAUACAUUUAUAUAUGAUAUGUAAUAUUGGGAAGGUGUAUUGUUGUAUUUAGGCCUUGUUUGGUUUAAUAAUAAAUGAACUCUGCAAAAUCAAA